AUGGCCUCGCAUGUGCAGGUUUUCUCUCCUCACACCCUUCAGUCAAGUGCCUUCUGUAGCGUGAAGAAACUGAAAGUGGAGCCGAGUUCAAACUGGGAUAUGACUGGGUACGGCACACACAGCAAAGUCUACAGCCAGAGCAAGAACGUGCAGUCCUCCCAAGCAGCCGCCGCAGCAGCCGUCAACGCCUCCCUCCAGAUCCCCAAUCCAAGCAUCCCUUACGAACAGACCAUCAUCUUCCCAGCAAGCACGGGGCACAUCGUGGUGACGUCCGCCAACAGCACGUCUGGUGUGGUUGCAGUGUCUGGGCAAACACUGGGCGGGCCACACAACCUGAUGCGUCGCAGCACUGUGAGCCUUCUGGACACCUACCAAAAAUGUGGACUUAAGCGUAAGAGUGAGGAGAUCGAGAACACAAGCAGCGUGCAGAUCAUCGAAGAGCAUCCACCAAUGAUUCAGAACAAUGCCAGUGGGGCCACUGUAGCCACUGCCACCACCUCCACGGCCACCUCCAAAAACAGUGGCUCCAACAGCGAAGGGGAUUACCAGCUGGUGCAACAUGAGGUGCUCUGUUCCAUGACCAACACCUACGAAGUGUUAGAGUUUCUCGGCCGUGGAACCUUCGGACAAGUAGUCAAAUGCUGGAAACGUGGCACUAAUGAGAUUGUGGCCAUAAAGAUCCUAAAGAACCAUCCUUCCUAUGCCCGGCAAGGCCAGAUUGAAGUGAGCAUCCUGGCUCGGCUGAGCACAGAAAGUGCGGAUGACUACAACUUUGUCCGCGCAUACGAGUGCUUCCAGCACAAGAAUCACACGUGCUUGGUGUUUGAAAUGUUGGAGCAGAACCUCUAUGAUUUCCUAAAACAAAACAAAUUCAGUCCUUUGCCCCUUAAGUACAUUCGACCAAUUCUCCAGCAGGUAGCAACGGCCCUAAUGAAGCUGAAAAGCCUGGGACUGAUUCAUGCUGAUCUCAAACCAGAGAACAUCAUGUUGGUAGACCCAUCCCGACAGCCAUAUAGGGUCAAGGUCAUAGACUUUGGUUCGGCUAGCCAUGUGUCUAAAGCUGUGUGUUCUACCUACCUUCAAUCCAGAUAUUACAGAGCCCCUGAAAUCAUCCUUGGUUUACCGUUUUGUGAAGCAAUCGAUAUGUGGUCGUUGGGAUGUGUCAUUGCGGAGCUGUUCUUGGGCUGGCCGUUGUACCCAGGAGCUUCGGAGUACGAUCAGAUUCGCUAUAUUUCACAGACGCAGGGCUUACCAGCAGAGUAUUUGUUAAGUGCAGGGACAAAGACUACGAGGUUUUUCAACAGGGAUACAGACUCGCCGUAUCCUUUGUGGAGACUGAAGACACCGGAUGAUCAUGAGGCAGAGACGGGGAUUAAGUCGAAGGAAGCAAGAAAGUAUAUUUUCAACUGUUUGGAUGAUAUGGCACAGGUAAGAGCUCUGGUGAGUAAAACGACGGGCAAUAUGUUGGUGGAAAAGGCGGACCGGCGGGAGUUUAUCGAUCUGCUAAAGAAGAUGUUGACGAUAGAUGCAGAUAAGAGAAUAACACCCAUUGAGACUCUGAACCACCCUUUUGUCACCAUGACACACUUGCUUGAUUUCCCUCACAGCACACAUGUCAAGUCCUGCUUCCAGAACAUGGAGAUUUGCAAGCGGCGGGUGACUAUGUAUGACACAGUGAACCAGAGCAAGACGCCAUUCAUCACCCAUGUAGCCCCAAGUACAUCGACCAACUUGACCAUGACUUUUAACAACCAGCUGAACACAGUCCACAACCAGACCACCAACCUGGCUCCCACCUCCUCCAGUGCCACUAUUUCCUUAGCCAACCCCGAGGUCUCCAUACUAAAUUACCAAUCUGCACUCUACCAGCCUUCAGCGGCGUCCAUGGCUGCGGUGGCCCAGCGGAGCAUGCCCCUGCAGACAGGAACAGCGCAGAUCUGUGCCCGGCCCGACCCCUUCCAGCAAGCUCUCAUCGUCUGCCCACCAGGCUUCCAAGGAUUACAAGCCUCCCCUUCGAAGCAUGCCGGGUAUUCAGUUCGGAUGGAGAACGCCGUUCCCAUUGUCACUCAGGCUCCUGGGGCCCAGCCGCUGCAGAUCCAGCCAGGACUCCUCGCACAGCAAGCGUGGCCCAGCGGCACCCAGCAGAUCCUGCUCCCUCCCGCCUGGCAGCAGCUGACCGGCGUGGCCACCCACACUUCUGUCCAGCACGCCACCGUCAUCCCGGACUCCAUGGCCGGCACCCAGCCGCUGGCGGACUGGAGUUCCAGGAAUGCAUCCACCUAUGAAGUUUCAUCCUCUCAAUCCAUCAGCUCGCCUCAGCGGUCGAAACGAGUGAAGGAGAACACGCCGCCCCGCUGUGCCAUGGUGCACACCAGCCCUGCCUGCAGCACCUCCAUCACCUCCGGCUGGGGCGACGGGGCCCCGCGGGAGCGGCAGCGGCAGACGAUAAUCAUUCCCGACACCCCGAGCCCCGCAGUGAGUGUCAUCACUAUCAGCAGCGACACAGAUGAAGAGGAGGAGCAGAAGCAUGCGCCCACCAGCACCAUAUCCAAGCAAAGGAAGAACGUCAUCAGCUGUGUCACUGUGCAUGACUCCCCCUACUCCGAUUCCUCCAGCAACAACAGUCCUUAUGCCGUGCAGCAUCGUGCUGCGCAGAAUAAUGGGAACACCUACGACACCAAAGGGGUUCCAGAGACUCACUGCAGUGGGAAUCCCCGAACGAUAAUCGUGCCGCCACUGAAAACCCAGGCCAGUGAGGUGUUGGUAGAGUGCGAUAGCCUGGCACCAGUCACCACCAGUCACCACUCAUCCUCCUACAAGUCCAAGUCCUCCAGCACCGUGACCUCCACCAGCGGUCACUCUUCAGGGAGCUCGUCUGGAGCCGUUGCCUAUAGGCAGCAGCGACCAGGAGCACAUUUCCAGCAGCAGCAGCCUCUUAAUCUAAGUCAGGCCCAGCAGCACAUCACGACUGAUCGCGCAGGGAGUCACCGGAGACAGCAAGCAAACAUCACUCCAACGAUAGCUCAGGCCCCGUACUUUAAUAGCCCCAGCCACGGUACGGUUCAUCCUCACUUGGCCGCGGCUGCUGCUGCUCACCUGCCCACCCAACCCCACCUCUACACCUACACCGCCCCGGCCGCCCUGGGCUCCACAGGCACCGUCGCGCACCUGGUGGCCUCCCAAGGGUCAGCGCGGCACGCCGUGCAGCACACCACCUACCCCGCCAGCAUCGUCCACCAGGUCCCCGUCAGCAUGGGCCCACGCGUUCUGCCCUCGCCCACCAUCCACCCGAGUCAGUACCAGGCUCAGUUUGCCCAUCAGACCUAUAUCAGUGCUUCUCCAGCCUCCACAGUCUACACUGGAUACCCGCUGAGCCCCACCAAGGUCAACCAGUACCCGUACAUCUAAACACUGGAACAAGGAGUGCAAGACGCACCCGUCCCAGGGGAGCGAGGCAGCCGCUUUUGUACUGAAGAAGGUGACAAACUAACAAUGCAAUGGGAGGCUCGCGUGAAACUUGAACGAAGGAGACUUUCAGGAAGAAAUGAAUAAGAGGAAAGAAGGGGGAGAACCGAUUCUACGCUUUUUAUUUAAAAAAA